GGAAAGUUUCAAUGUUGGAAGUUUUGGAAGCUUCGAUAAGUAAAGGGACUCCACAACAACACUCACUACUUGCAUGCAUAGUACAGGUACAGUAUACGAGUCGCGACAUUCUUUUUACAACAUCUCCCUUUAGACUCAACUUCGCGGCGACGCAAGAUAGAAUUUUAGCAUAGAAGUUCACCGAAGAGCGUCGCAUCAAGAUGUCGGGGGCGAAGCAUUGGGAGCAAGAUAAAGAAGCCACCGUCUAUGUGGGUAAUAUCGACGAACGCGCUACUGAUGCUCUGAUAUGGGAGCUGAUGGUCCAAGCCGGCCCAGUAGUCAACGUACACCUCCCCAAAGAUCGCGUGACACAAUCCCAUCAAGGUUUCGGUUUCGUCGAGUUCAAUGGCGAAGUCGACGCCGACUACGCCGCCAAAAUUAUGAACGGAAUCCGCCUAUACGGCAAACUCCUACGCGUUAACAAAGCCUCCGCAGACAAGCAGAAACCCCUCGAGAUUGGCGCCGAACUCUUCAUCGGUAACCUCGACUCUAUGGUCGACGAGAAGGUUCUCUACGACACUUUCGGCAGAUUCGGCACUCUGAUCGCCCCUCCCAAGAUCGCUCGCGACGACAACGGUUUGAGCAAGGGUUACGGUUUUGUUAGUUAUAGCAGUUUCGAGGCUAGUGACGACGCUAUCAACAACAUGAACGGUCAAUUCCUCAUGAACAAGGAUAUCAGUGUGCAGUACGCGUACAAGAAAGAUGGCAAGGGCGAACGCCACGGAGAUGAGGCCGAACGAAUGCUUGCAGCUCAAGCAAAGAAGCACAACGUUACCAUCGAAAGCCAGCCUAUGCCUCCCGCACUCCUUCAGAACCCUACUCCAGCUCCUCCACCUGCAGCAGUCGUUCCUCCGCCAGCUAUGGCUACUAGUGGAUUCGACCCUUCCAUGGCUGCCGGAAUCCCCCCUCCGAGACCACCGGUAGGAUUUGCUCCUCCUCCUCAUCGUGGGCCUCCUCCGCCAUUUGGUGUUAAUGGUGCGCCUCCGCCACCAGGGGCCGGAAGACCUAAUGUUCUACCACCCGCUCCAUCAGGAUUACCCGCUCGUCCCCCGCCCUCGCAAGCUGGAUAUGGCAGUCCGGCAGACUUCCAUCCCGGUGGAUUCCGGAUGCCCCCUCCGGGCUUUGGCCCUCCCCCUGGCGGUGUACCACCACCUCCUCCCGGAUUUGCUUCUGCCCCUGGGUUUAUUCCUACUGAAGGUCAAAAUCCGGGCUACGGCCGGUGAAGCACGAGAUUAGGGCCCUCUUAGAUCCCCCAAGAAUAGAACAUGGAUCUUAAUCCGUCACUGUUUGCCGGUAUUUGCACAUAAUCAUAAUCGGAGCUCUCUAUUACAUCGUAAAGAGCAUGUCCAGUAAGGAUAUCAAGGAAGCUCUCUUCCCCUUCGGGCAGCAUUACAGCAAAAAAUUCGUCUUCCUCGCUACUAAAGAGGCAUCCUUGCGUUCUCCGUUGGUUAGUGCGCACGAGCAAACGGUGAUAAUAAAAACACGGCGGGGCAAAGUCUAUGCCAUUUAGACAAUGAUCAAAGCGACAUCAUUCACAGAAGAACUGGGCCAUCGGCUCGAGAACCCUCGUCUAUUAAUAAAAUGGCUUAGUAACUACUUUGACAAGUAUGGGGAAAGCCAAGCAGGGCAGGAGGCAGUAAUCAAUAGACGAAUUAUGUAAACUAUGAAAAUACGUAGCUGCGCGCACGUUAUUGUAUUGGUCGUUAUAGAUCUAACUUGACAUACUCUCUAAUCUUGUUGAUGCCAGUAUCUCGAGGUCACAUUGGAUGUUAUAUCAGCUUGCUAUACUAUUGAGACUUAAUAGAAAUCUUUGAAAAAG